GGAUCCAGUGGAGCGCCUAGCGCCGGGCACUAUCCUUCCCAUCUCUCAACAAGACAUAAAUCAGCUGGUUUACACAUCACGAUGCAAGGCGGGAAGCGGACGAUCGUGGUUUCUUUUUCAGCUUUUGGGACAUGAGCAUGUGUUAAACGUUGCGCAGCCUUAUCAUAAGCGUAUUCUGGCGCUUAAACCUGGCGUUUCACACACCCACAGAGAGGUGCGGCCCUUGCGGGAUGAACAGACAUAUACUCUCAACCUCAACAUCACCAUGACCCUCCUACCUUUGGCUAUCUUGUUAUGCGUCACUUUUGUGUGCGCUUCACAACCGAGCCUCAAUGGCACUUGUGUCCCUUCACUCGAUAUCAGUGACUCUCCAUCCCGCAGUGACACUAGAACUUUGUGGGACAUCCUAUGGAGCUGCGCCGCGACACUCUUCGCGUGCGCAUGGACUGCCAUCCACCCGAACAUUCCGGGCAUGAAAGAGGGAAAACUUACCAUUACCUCUCGUCGUCUAUUGAUCAUGGUCAUGGCGCUGAUCGCCCCAGAACUCAUGAUCACCUGGGCCGCACGGCAGUUUUUCAGUGCUCGUGCAGCUGCAAAGGAGUUCAAUGACGAAUUUGGUUCGCAACAUGCCCAGGCCCAUGGCGACCAUGGAGAUAUAGCAGAGAGUACGGCUACAUUGCUUCGUGAAAUUUCAGAAUUGGAUGAAAGGAGCACUCCCAAAGCUGCGGUUCGCAAUUUUCGAGAAUGGACCAUGGCGCAUGGGUUCUUCGCGUGGAUGGGUGGAUUCAUGCUCAAUGUCGAUGACAAGCCGCGAGCCACUCUUGAUCCUGAUGAACUUCUAGACUUUGUUCGUAAGGGAUCCAUGGACAUGCCUAUCAUCACGGAGGCAGAGAUAGAAGAUCGAAGCAAAGGUGAUGGACUCUCCAAAGGCAUCGCCAUUCUCCAGCUCGUGUGGUUUGUCCUCCAGCUCAUCGCCCGUUACGCCCAGAACCUUCCAAUCACACUGCUUGAAAUUGACACUCUGGCUGUAUCGGCAUUGACCUGCAUUACCUAUUGCCUGUGGUGGAAGAAGCCUAAGAAUGUAGGAUGUCCCUAUACUGUUCAUUGGAAAACAACUGCAUCUCCGCCGAGCAACUUAGCCUACGACGAGAGCAAUAUAACACAUGCAUUGGGGUGUGACUGUUUUCCUUAUUUCACCUAUCUUACCUAUCCCAUUACGAGUCUUAUGGGCUUUGAAGUCACCAUUUCCCCCCGUGCUGCCCGUUCACAUCGGGUUCCGUCUCUAGGUGGAUAUGGUGGCUAUCAUGAUGUUAUCAUACUUCUCAUUGGAUGUUUCUGUGGGAUCGUAUUUGGAGGGAUACAUUGUCUGGGUUGGAAUUUUUUGUUUCACAGACAGACGGAGCAGCUGUUAUGGCGUACAGCAUCCCUUAUGAUCAUAUGUUCACCGGUACCUAUCCUUCUUUGUUCCGGCUUUUUUAUGUCUGGCAUUGAUGACUCAUCUUCCGCUCUGAUUUUCAUUAUCAAAAUUUCCUUGGGUAUUGCUUCAGUCAUCAGCGCUUUGAUAUAUAUCGCUGCACGUGUUACAAUAAUUGUACUUAUGAUCCUAAGCCUGCAAUCGCUGCCGUCUGGCAUAUACGAUACAGUAGCUUGGACCAAUUUUUUUCCACAUGUGUAGUUUUCUUACAUCGCAGUCAUGUACUAUGAUAACUUGCCUUGUUCUUUUGGAACCACUAUGUUGC